CAAUUUUUACCUUUCCUGUCCACGGGGAUAUCAUGGCUCAGGUCCCCAGCGUUAGAGGGCCACUUUUGGUUCUGCUUCUGCAGCUUGUCCUUAUCUGCUCCGCUCAAAGGAGCCAAGGCCCUACUGGACCUGGAGGUGUCCCAGGAAUUGAUGGCAUUGCAGGAGAAAGAGGAGAAGAUGGCGAUGAGGGACUUUCUGGACCUGAUGGAGAUGAAGGUAAACCUGGCUCUUCAGGAUUACCUGGAAUCCCUGGAAAUGAUGGUUUGACCGGCCCUUUUGGAGAUCCAGGGCCCGAUGGUCCCCUUGGACAGAAAGGUGAACCUGGACUAUCUGGACCUCGUGGAGCAGCUGGUGUUGGGCCAGACGGACCCCCCGGACCACCCGGGCCUGGAGGACUUUUGGGUGAAGUGGGAAAAGUUGGACCACUUGGGUCUAUAGGUGUGAGAGGGCCUCAGGGACCCCGUGGACCAACUGGGUCCAGAGGUGCAGCUGGAAUGCAAGGCAGUGCCGACCUGUGUCCAAACUCUUGUCCACCUGGGACCUCUGGACACCCUGGCCUUCCUGGCAUGAAGGGCCACAAAGGUGUAAAAGGUGAAGUCGGAGAACCUGGGAAGCAAGGGCACAAGGGUGAGGAGGGAGACCAGGGAGGCCUAGGAGAGGUCGGAUCCCAAGGACCAAUGGGUCCUCAGGGAAUUCGUGGAGCCAUGGGAAUGAUCGGCCACAAGGGAGAUUUGGGAGCUCGAGGUCUUGGUGGAGAUCCAGGUCCCCAGGGUGUUUCAGGGGCAACUGGGGAUCGAGGCCAGAGAGGUGUGAUGGGCGAGCUUGGGCCUCAAGGCGAAACGGGUGUUCUAGGGCCGAGAGGAAUCACAGGUGUUCCAGGUCCCAAGGGAGACGCUGGUUUGUCUGGUGUGGACGGUCGCGAAGGUAUUCCUGGGAUGCCGGGAGCAAAGGGAGGCUUUGGGAAGUCAGGCGUUCCUGGAGAGGUCGGACUUCAGGGGCUUCCUGGUUUGCCUGGUGUACCUGGACAAAAAGGCUUGAGUGGCAUUAAGGGAGACGAUGGUCAACCAGGCCUCCCCGGAACAUUGGGACCUGCUGGCAAAGCAGGUGAGCGUGGAGAACAGGGAGAGCUGGGACCUGUUGGACCUAUUGGUGAACCUGGAGCUAUAGGUGUGAAAGGCCCCCUAGGUUCAGCCGGCAAGCCAGGUGGCAGGGGACCCAAAGGUGACCCCGGCCUUCCUGGUCUCCCGGGUCCUCAUGGCCUGCCUGGUGUGAAGGGAGAGAGGGCAGAACGUGGAGAAGGAGGACCCAAAGGAGAGCAGGGAGCACAAGGUGAUGAGGGAAACCCCGGAGACAAAGGGGCUAUCGGUGAUUCAGGAGAAUAUGGAGCUAAAGGAGAGCUCGGUAACCUUGGCGACACUGGCAAAAAAGGUCCAGAGGGAAGUCGAGGCCAGCCUGGCAUCGAGGGGCCGCCUGGCACACCCGGACCGCGGGGCAUGCAGGGGAACAGGGGUCCACCUGGAGUCAGAGGGUCCCAGGGUCCUGCGGGUAAAGAGCCAAGCGAUCAGCACAUCAAACAAGUUUGCAUGCGCGUCAUGCAAGAACAGCUGGCACAGUUAGCUGCUAGCUUAAGGAGGCCAGAGUCGGGUGUAGCUGGUUUACCUGGAAAACCUGGACCUCCAGGAUCGCCUGGGACUCCAGGAGACAAUGGCUUCCCAGGGCAGGGUGGAGCAAGAGGCCUUCCGGGACUCAAAGGGCCACAAGGAAUUAUUGGAGUGAAAGGACCAAAAGGUGAAUUGGGAGACAGAGGCUCCAGAGGGCCCACUGCGCGAGGACCUAAAGGUCAGCCAGGAUCUCCCGGACUUCCUGGUGAGCCAGGCAAGCCUGGCUACGGUCAGGAUGGUCGGGACGGGCAGAGAGGACCUCCUGGUAUUCAUGGACAGUCCGGUGUACCUGGGCCUCCCGGUGCAGCUGGUCCCAAUGGUUAUUGCGACCCGUCAUCCUGCAACCUCCAGGCAGGAGCCCAGCUCGUUGAUGUGAAGGGACCCGCAGGGAACUAAAGAGCCACUCUGGCAGAGACAGAAAGACUGUUGGAUUAGCUCCCCUGAGCUCACAACAUUUCCCCCAUGUUCCUUCCACGGCCUGCGGUUGGUGUGGUGCUUUCCAUCACUUAACCUCUAGUCUUGUGAGCAUGUUUUGUGGCCGCAACAUCUCCAUGACAUUGAGCCAAGCCUCUUCAUAAAAAACGCUAAGAGGUUAAAAAAAAAGUUUUUUUAUGUGCUGCAAUAAUCUAGCUUGUUCUGGUGGG